UGACAGGGAACAAAAUUCAAAUUUGAAUGCUGGGAAAAGUUUAGCUGUGAUUAUACUUGUGAAGUCUGCAUCUACUUGACUUUUCAGGCAAGGGAUCCUGCCUCCGACUCUCUCAUCUCUUUUCAGACGCUGUUCAGCGAUGGUGGCUGUGGAGCCGAUUUCACUAUUGAGUGGAGGUCCUUAGCCUGCAGACUUAGUAGUAACGAACGUCUGGAUGACUACUGGGAUAAAAGUGGAUUAAUAGAUGAAUUCUAUAUGGGUGAUAUGCCCAAAUGGUUGUCUGAUGAGGCCUUAGCCGCUGACAAUAAAAAGUUUUACGUGGUGCAAGAGCCGGAUUUUCUUGAGAAUGACUGGCUGUAUCUAUAUUCGGAAAUUGCAUUCUACGCGAAAACAGACUGUAAUUUGACAACUUCCCCACGCUUGGAGGUCAAGAAGGUUGUUAUAGAAACUAAAGAAGAAUACAUGACAGAGGCGCGUGAGAAGCUCAAGGCAGAGAAUGCAAUCUUCUACAUAAGUUACAAGUAUGAUGGUGAUGAUCGUUCAGCAACCGGUUUGGCGGGUGAUCACAGAGCAAUAGUAAGGAAAACCAUGGAUGGGAAACCAGGACACAUGUGUCUUGAAGUUGCAAGAAGAACUGAAGCUUUGACUUCUCCUGGUGAAACUUCGACUCCAAUCACAGACUUCACAAAGUUUGUUGAAUAUUUAGAUUGUUGAAUAUUCAUACUUAAAAUCACUUUAAAAAAAAAUCUAAUUACAAAUCAUUAUCCAUUUAUGUGUAAAACGAUUUAGAAAAAAAUUGUAUAGGAGAGGAUUGCCGAUUGCGUAUGUUAGAAGAGGAGAAAAAUGUUCAUGAGUU